AUCGCCGCCGAUUUCCCCUUCCCUCCCCCCUCCUCUUAAACUCGGCGCGGUGCGCCUCGGCCAAGGGCGCAACCAUGAAGAAGCAAUUCAACCGCAUGCGGCAGCUCGCCAACCAGACAGUAGGCAGGGCUGAAAAAACAGAAGUUUUGAGUGAAGACCUCUUGCAGGUGGAGAAGCGCUUGGAGCUGGUGAAGCAAGUCUCCCACAGCACACACAAAAAGCUGACAGCAUGUCUGCAGGGGCAGCAAGGAUCAGAUUCUGACAAGCGCUCGAAGAAAUUACCCUUGACGUCACUUGCCCAGUGCUUGAUGGAAGGUUCUGCCAUUCUAGGGGACGACUCCCUGCUUGGGAAGAUGCUGAAGUUAAGUGGGGAAGCAGAGGACAAGCUAGCCCAAGAGCUCAUCCACUUUGAGUUGCAAGUUGAAAGGGACGUGAUUGAACCUCUGUUUGUGUUGGCUGAGGUAGAAAUCCCAAAUAUUCAAAAACAAAGGAAGCAUUUAGCAAAAUUAGUUCUGGACAUGGAUUCUUCGAAAACAAGGUGGCAGCAAUCAGCCAAGUCAUCGGGUUUGUCAAGCAACUUGCAGUCUUCGGGUGCCAAAGUGGAUGCUCUCAGGGAAGAGAUGGAGGAAGCAGCAAACAGAGUGGAGAUUUGCAGGGAUCAGCUCUCAGCUGACAUGUACAAUUUUGUGGCCAAAGAGAUAGACUAUGCAAAUUAUUUUCAGACUUUAAUAGAAGUGCAGGCUGAGUACCACAGAAAGUCAUUAGCACUUUUACAGAAUGUGUUGCCUCAGAUUAAAGCGCAGCAAGAAGCUUGGAUUGAAAAACCCUCCUUUGGGAAACCCCUGGAGGAGCACCUGACAGUCAGUGGCCGAGAGAUCGCCUUCCCCAUUGAAGCAUGUGUCACCAUGCUCCUAGAAUGUGGCAUGCAGGAGGAGGGCUUGUUCCGGGUGGCUCCCUCAGCCUCCAAGCUCAAGAAGCUUAAGGCAGCCCUUGACUGCUGUGUUGUGGAUGUUCAGGAAUACUCGGCAGAUCCCCAUGCCAUUGCAGGGGCACUGAAGUCCUAUCUCCGGGAGCUGCCUGAACCACUCAUGACAUUUGAACUCUAUGAAGAAUGGAUUCAAGCAUCCAACAUUCAGGACCAAGACAAGAGAAUACAAGCCCUUUGGAAUUCCCUGGAGAAAUUGCCCAAGGCCAGCUUCAACAAUCUAAGAUAUUUGAUCAAAUUCCUUGCAAAGUUAACAGAAUAUCAAGAUGCCAACAAAAUGACACCAAGCAACAUAGCAAUUGUUCUGGGGCCCAACCUUCUGUGGCCUCAGACAGAAGGAAACAUUACAGAGAUGAUGGCAACUGUCUCCCUGCAGAUAGUUGCAAUUAUUGAGCCCCUCAUUCAGCAUGCAGAUUGGUUCUUCCCAGGAGAUAUUGAAUUCAACUUGACCGGGAAUUAUGGAAGUCCUGUGCACGUGAACCAUAACGCCAAUUACAAUUCCAUGCCCUCACCUGAUAUGGAUCACGCUGAUCGCAAGCAUCCAGAUCAGACCAGGCGACCUCUCAGUGUGGCUACGGACAACAUGAUGUUGGAAUUCUACAAGAAAGAUGGCCUUAGGAAAAUCCAAAGCAUGGGCGUCCGGGUGAUGGACACCUCUUGGGUGGCUCGCAGAGGCACCUCCAUAGUUCGUAAGGCAUCCUCCACCCCUCCUGCCAUGCAGCCCCCUGCUCCGCCUUCUGAUCUUGCUGCUACUCCUCAGUCACCAAUUCCUGAGCAAUCUCUUGACAUUUCAGCUACUCCCUCCCUUACUCCAACUAGCUUCGGUUUCCCAUCAGGGACUGAACGGGCAAGCACAGAUGGUGUGUCGUCUAGUUGGUUGGAUUCCUGUUACAUCUACCCAUCCCCUGAGGAUGAAAAGCCUCCCCCGUACCCCUACUACCCGUCCUUCCACCACUUCCACUCCAAGAUUGGCCCAUGCACUAGGCCUGAGCCUCCCUUGCCACUGUAUCGGUGGUCAGGAUACAGCCAAACUCUGCCCCCUGCUUCUGUCUCCUCCUCCUCUUCCUCUCCCUCCCCUCAGCAACUAGACAUUAACUCUAACCCCAAACCAUAUUUCUUGCACCUCCCUAAGCAGAGCUCCCUCACAGAGAUGCAUGGUCCUGAGACUAACCCCUCCUCUAUUCACGUGAAAACUUCCCUUACCUUAUCCAAACCCGAUCCUCCUGGCACUCUUUACAGCCCCCGUAUGUCAGUCUCUCCCCCCUGGGUCAGCUGCACCUGUGCCAGAGACAGAGGAGCCGGGCUCACUAGCACGGUAAAAACUAAAGAGCUUUCCCCUGUGUCUGGGCAGAAAGGCAGCCCGGCUUGUGGUCAUUUGACGGCGUGUGGGACUGCACAACAGCCACUUGGUCUCACGCAGCAACUGUCUACAGAGCAGAGCCCACACACUCUGCGGAAAGUUUCAAAGAAGCUGGCCCCAAUCCCUGCAAAGGUUCCUUAUGUCCAGUCAGGCAGCAUGUCCGACCAGUCCCCAGGGCAGCCGUCCCCCGCCAGCCUUUCUCCCACCCCACCGAGCACCCCUUCUCCUUAUGGACUAAGUUACCCACAAGGCUACUCCUUGGGCUCAGGCCCACUCUCCCCAGCUGCUGCUCCUUCUCUGGCUUCUCCUCCUUCCCUGACAAGCACUUUAAGUAAAUCACGGCCCACCCCCAAGCCACGACAGAGGCCCACGCUGCCACCUCCACAGCCUCCCACAUCAAACGCAUCUGGCUCCAGUCCACAGUCCGUGGAGCACACCAUACUAGACGGCAUAUCCCCUGGGGAGAGCAUGUCUACAGAUCUUGCCCACCCUGAUAUCCCAUCCAUCCAUGUAGAGGUUGAUGCCACGCUGCACCUGGACCCACUGGGACAAGUCCAGAGGCACCCGGUACCAGGAAAAAUCAAUUCAGAGGAAGAUUCAGAAAGCACCGCCCUAUGACACAAAGUCCCCUGUCCUGUGAUUCGUUCUCUUGUACAUAUCGGUUCCCCAUGAACACUGCUGAAGGAGAUGUUUCCAGAGACCUUGUCGAGGGGUAUCUGAAGGAGUUCUGCUUGUCAGCCACUUGUGGAAGACAGACAGCUCUGGGGGCCUGGUGCUAAGCCUGUCUCUGUGGCAAAGGGCAUUGCUGGUGCAAUUUCCAUUUAAUUUAUUUUUCUCCCAUUUGUUUAGCCUUAUCCAAACUUUGCCUUUUUGACGUGGUGCCUAUUUAUCUCCCUUAAAAACUUUCAGACCCAUCAUGGAAAAUAAGAAGAAAUUCUAGUUACCCUACUUAGGCUUUCCAUGCCAGCAUUGUGUAAGGGACAGGGAUAGGAAGGUGGUACGUUCCUUUCUCACUUGGUACGUUCCAUAGAUGUACCCACUGGUUUUGGCUGGUUGUCCUUUGCAAGCAUGUUUUGUUCCUACCCUUCUCCUUCUGCUUCUUCAGCUGACUGUGCUCUUUCCACCCCCCAAGCUUCCAUCUGUGCUAAUUCACACCCAGGUUCCCUGUAGACUGGCCAAGGAAUGGAAUUCGGUUAUUUUUUGGAGGGGGGGGCAGUGUAGUGUACUCCUGCAUCUUCCCCCAUUAAUUCCUGGAAGCUUGUUUUGAGAAAGACCAGGGAAAUGGGUUAGGGUGGGUUCUGUACACCUAUAAGCCUCCAACAGAAUGGACAUCUGACCAUCUGGAAUCUUUUUACACUCCCUUGGUACCAGUUGGCAGGAUUUGCCCUGCCCCUCUUUUCUUUCCUUCAACACCUCUGACUGGCAGAGGAAGCUUUGUGAAACAUGAGGAAGAGAAACCACUACUGAGAGAUGCCUACUGUUGCUUCAUUUGCCUUUGGCAAGAUGUAGGAGGGAGAGGUAGCUGCAGUGUGGACUGUGUGAUGCCUCCUGUAUGCAUAGAAACAAUUACUUGAUAAGCAAUAAAAGUGCUCCUAACCCUACCCCCUACAAUGUGAUGUUGGAACUGGAAUCUGGCCAGGUGCAGGCCGUGUUCCCCCGUUCUCUGCUGUGUGGCAAGCGAGAAGGAGGCAAAGGACACCAAAAGGAUAGGCCUUAGCAAUAGCUGGAUUACUGCUCCCCCAAGGGUCUGGUACAGGGCUUGACGGAGCCGAGUGAGGCUUUCAGCUGUGCAUGCAAAGACAGAUUUAACCUUUUAUCCUUUUAAAAGAGAUGAGAUAUAUAUAUAUAUCUGUUGAGAUAGAUAUAUAUUUGUAUAUAUAAAGUCUAUAAAUAUAUAUAUUUGGUUUAUUUGGGGCCAUUCCAUCUGAACUGGUGUACAAAUGUACAAUGUAAAUUUAAAUGCGUAUAAUUAUUAUUCCCUGACCCAUACACAAUAUCAUCCGCUCGGAUUUAUGAUAAAUGUCUCCAAACUCAUCUUUCCCAGCAGCAUUUCUGCAGGUCUGGGUGCUCUUGCUUUGCCAUAGGCUGUAAUAAUGUGCAGUUCUUCACCCAGAGGGCAGGGGGCAGGAAAACAAGGCAAAUGUUUACAAGACAAAAUAAAAAUGGUAUUCCAGCUGCUCUCCACCCCACCCACCCCACUUCAGUCUCUUGAUGUAUUUGCUGCUGAAGCAGGCACAUUGCCCAUUGGUGUCUUGUAUUACGAUCUUAAACUACUGGCAAAAUAGACCCGACCUAACCGAAGCACUGAGCAGUUCCUUUCUUAGGGCAGCCUCCUGCUUUCUCCAUUUCUGUCCUCUCCCCUCCCCCACAAUUCAUGGUCUCAUUAAAAUACAAUUAAUGACUUUUGUGGCA